CCGUAUACCGUAUACGGGAGAACCCAGCCACACACACGUCAAGCCCAUUAAGGUAAGGUAAGGUAACUCAACCAAAUAGCCUCAAUACAUAUAUACGCAUGCUCCGUACUGCGUUCCGUACACGAAGAGCCACCUUGCUUGGCCAACUUGCUUGGCUGCCAGAGAGGGACGCGACCUGCGUGCGUAUUCGGUGCAAGUAUCCAGCAAAGAACAACGGACGGGGUGGCCCAACAAGACGGAGACGGAGACGGAGCGAAGAGCCAACAAACACUAACAAAAAGAUCGGAUGGGCCGGACACCAAGAAUCGCCAACGCGCCAGCCCAGUCGGCCAAGCCAAGCUAAGCCAAGGCAUGGCAUGGCAUGCGGAACGGGCUCUGGACAGGUCCGGUCAAUCGGUUCACUGUCUGUCUCUUGUAUCUCUCUCUCACUCACACAUUUAGGUUCGUACAUCCAGUUGCCGAUCAGGAACCGUGUUGCCUCUAGUUUGAUUCCGGCUGCACGGCAGUUUACAUCGGUAAUAACUUGCUCAGGUUUCUGUAAAUUUUUCCAAAAAGGACCAUGUCUCUCUCUCUUUCAACAAAUAGGUAAAGUACUCUGUUCAAGUGCGUAUCUACCGACCAGCAGGCAUGCAUAUGCAUAUAUAACGUAUAUGUUUACAUAUUUGGCAACUCGACAUUACUCGGUGUUAAACUGGCCCGUCCCCCAUUCCCCGGGCGCCAAAAUGCAGAAUGUAUCCAUCCGUCCAUCUAUCUAGCCAGCCAGCUGAAUAUAAAUGCCCAAUCCAUUCAAGCGCUCACAACACCACCAUGUCAUAUCAUUCGUAGGUA